GGAACGUCCUGCUCUGUAAUCUCCUUCCGUAUGAUGCUAAAAGUUAAAGUUACCGUCUGUUGUUGUGAUCAAUUCGGACAUGGAUUGGAGUAUUUGCCAGAUCAUUUUUGUUUGAGAUCUAGAGCAAGGUUCGUGCACGUUCAGGACGUAGAACGUAGUAGGUGCAGAUUCUUCUAUUCCAUGCUAUUCUCGUAAUACCUCUCCCGCAGUAGAACGUGAAGGGUGCAUAUAUUUUCUUGCAAUGGAGGUUCGUGUUUGCUUUGUCGUGAAAAAUUGAAAUGAGAGCAGCACCAAUCUCCGCUUUUGUGAUUCAUUUCUCCUUGUUUUGUUCUUCUUCUUUCUUGGUAUCUAUUGAACGACGGACUACCGCGCACUCGUCAGAAGAGCGGCGUAUAAGGAAAGAUGAGUAAGCGAAAUCUUUGCACUAUGUGUCGCGGUGUCUGCGACGACAGCGAGUCCUUCUGUGCGACAUGUGCAAAGUGGUGGGAUUUUUCCUCAGAUUUUGGCAACGCCGAUCUUAAGAGCAUAGGCGCUUCUUUUGCGGGCAUCUCGUCAGAGACAGCGGAGGUAAACAGCGUCCCGGCGGCUUCUACAGAUUCGUGGCUAGAUGUGCUAAAUUUGCAGCAGCAACAGCCUUCAUCUGCAGUACCUGAGGUGUCGGUUGCUCAGGCUGCUCAGUACAAAACUUCAACGACGGCUUGGCAGCCAACGACUACGAAUUCGCACUUGAAAAGGCAACCCGGUCAGACGGAAUACCAGCAAAAAAAUGGCGGAUACGAUAACUGGCAGCCGGCCUCGACCAGUGGCUUCGAGCAGGUCUCAAAUACAGCGAAGAGGAGGAAGGUCGACGACCCCGGGGCUCAAGGAGAGGGAAUGUCGACUUUUCCAAGUUUCAAGCAAGAGCUGCCGCAAAUGAACCCUUUCGACCUAGCGACCCCGCGGUCCUCGGCAGUGGAUCUAACACCAGCUUCAAGCAUCAGGAGCGCGCCACCUGCACUUUCCACGUCUACUUUCCCUUUCGGCAUGAGUAAAAGGGCGCCUCCUUUUGAGCUUACUUCGAGCAAAGACAGCACUAAGGUCGGGGCCGAUCCGAGCAAGAAAGGCGAUGGCAAAAAGGGACUACCCGGAAAGGCCAACUUCGAUGGCAAAAAAGGGAUGGGCAAACAGAAAAAUAUAUGUGGCAAGAAUAAGAAAGGUGGUUAUUCUUAUUCGUAUGACGAGGAUUACAAAGAACACGAAGAUUACUCAGCCGCUCAGGUGUUGAGCAAAUUUGAAUCGGACUAUCAAAAAGUGAAGACACAAGUGGAAGAGAGGGGAUACCAGCCUCCCGAAGGACGGUUUCUUGGCCGUUUUGUGGAAUUUAAAGCAAAGUUCGGUUUCAUUCGUGCUCACCCGUACUUUCACCGGAACAAAGACCCUGCAACAGGCGCUCCGCCUCCAUACCCACUUCCAGAAGAUACGGGGUCCAAAGACAUCUUUGUGCUGCUGACCGAGUGCACCCGUGGCCUGCGAAAGUUCGAACCGUUUCAGGCGGAAACGUCGCAGGAAUUCAUUGCCCGUUCCGAUCGGCGGUACUUGGACGUGAAUACAAUCGACACCACACAGGUCACGGAGUACCUAGCAAGACACCAGGAGGAGAUCUGCGUUCUUUUCUCCAUGGAGCAGAGCACUCGUACUGGGGUUAAGCAGAAGGCAAUGGCGGUAGCCCUCGAAUUUCUCUGGUGCGAUCCCAAGACGAGUCUCCCCCUCACGGUGCAGCCGGAGCCAGUCAAGGUGCCGGACGAUCCUGUCCCUGAAGGCAAAUCGGCUUCGGCCCCGGAGGCCGCGGACUACGAAAAGCUGCACGAUGGGUACGUGGUAACCUGGAAAAAGCAUCCAACUACAGGGGGUUUCGGGUAUCUGCGCUGCAUUGACCUCUACGCGAGGCUGGGGUGCGACGUUUUCGUGAAGGGAGCGACGAUUAACACGACACUGAGUGAACACAUAUAUCGCUACGCCAGCAAACAGCAUGUCAAAGGAAGUGCGUUGUCGUACGAUCCGACGCGGAUGCAAGAGGUGCUGCAUUUGAUGAAUGUACGAGCUAUGCCAGCACUGUGGAAUGACAGUGCGGGAAAAUACCUCGAAAAAUGGCGUGUGAAAGCGCAGUUUAAAAUCCACCAGCCAAGAAGAGAUGCCAAGCCCGAAGCGUGGCACGUUACCAUCUCUGAGUGAGAUUGUCAAGCAUGACUAGUGCGUCGAAAACGUCCCUUUUCCGACGAGAUUCAACGCUACUUCUAUAUAAAGUGGUAAGUAUUUGUUUUUGUAUGACAAGAGGUAGAGUAAAUAACCCACUAGUACCACGACGAGUGUUCCUAUCCCUGCUUCAAUCACCUUUGAUGAUGACUCCCUGAUUAUACCUAUCCGGAGCAUAGCGAUAGCGGUCGACCUGAGGAU